AUGACGCAAACCCAGGCUCUUCCCGAUGAGGAGGCCUUCCGGCCCGGCGAGCAGACGCCGCUUCUCGGCAACGGAGCAGACCAAGGAGAUGGCUCGGUCUCCGAAACUCACCGGGUGGAUCCCCGAAUAGCGCGCCGGCUUUACCUCUCGCACUUCCUCUCGACUUGGAACUCUCGGAUGUUCGAAUUCGGCGCCGUGCUGUAUCUGGCGACUAUCUUUCCGGGCACACUGCUGCCUAUGUCGCUGUAUGCACUUGCCAGAGGUUUAUCGGCGCUCAUCUUCGCGCCCACCGUUGGACAGUACAUUGAUAACAACGACCGGUUGAAAGUGGUCCGCUCAUCGAUUGUAUCAGCAUCAUGCGUCCUAUUUUAUGUCAUCUUCAUCGGACUACCGCUGGGUAAUUAUGGACGUCCGGCUCUGCUUGCGCUCCUCUCAUUCAUGGCUUGUGUCGAAAAGCUGUACUCCAUUGUGAAUAUGGUUUCAGUCGAGAAAGACUGGGUAAUCGUCAUCGCCAAGGGUGACAUCGAAGCUCUAGCAGUUCUCAAUGCGCAGAUGCGCCGGAUCGAUCUCCUCUGCAAGCUACUUGGGCCACUUUUCAUCGCUCUUAUUGACGGAUUCUCCACAAAGGCAGCGAUCAUCGUCAACUUUUCCGUGAACACCGCUUCUGUUGCUGCCGAGUACUAUGCCAUUGCGAAGAUCUAUAACGAGGACACUGAUUUGCAGGAACCCAAGUCUAAGCCAACGUCUACCGCCGAAAUAACACCAGCAUCGGUGAAUCCUGGCAAAAGAGUCCUGGGCCAUAUUAGGAGGUCCGCGUCCGACUUCAAAUUCUACUUUAGCCAUCGCGCAUUCUUGCCGUCGUUUGCCUGCUCUCUAUUGUAUCUCACGGUACUGAGCUUUGGGGGCCAGAUGGUCACGUACUUGGUCGCAUCAGGCUUCAACACAACAUAUAUCGGCAUCGCAAGAACGAUUAGUGUCGUCUUCGAGGUGCUGGCGACUUGGGUCGCGCCUUGGCUCGUUGGUCGGAUCGGACAAGUACGCGCUGGUCUCUGGAUGAGUAAUUGUCAGGUUCUUCCCCUGAUAGGUGGUUUGGUGGCUUUCUGGGUCUUUAUACCGAACCCCUUGAUCUCGGCAUCUAGCCUCGUGAUCGGAGUCAUCGUUAGCCGUCUUGGUCUUCGUGGCUUUGACCUGUGUACUCAAAUCAUCGUCCAAGAGGAAGUCGAAGCCGAGAGCCGUGGCAGAUUCUCGACAGUUGAGGCAGCCUGGCAAAAUGCAUUUGAGCUGCUUUCAUACAUGGCGACGAUAAUCUUCUUUCGGCCUUCGCAGUUCAACUGGCCAGCACUGGUUUCUGUUGCGGCUGUGACCUCUGCAAGUUUGGCGUACACGCUCUUCGUAUGGAAGAGGAGAGGGCAUCUGAUUCAUUUUGAAAAGUUUGGGCUGUAG